AUGACCCAUAGUAAAACGCGUCGAAAGGAGCAAAGAAGUUAUUUGUUGAAUCACGCAGAUCCUCGUCCGUUGAACUUUUUUUCGAGGUUCAAAUAUCGUAGUAGUUCAAAUGCUCACCACUCGUACGGAUUACGGCUAAACCAGGCUUUGCAAGAAGCGCCAGAUUCUAAGAAGUUAUUAAAUCUGAGAAGAAAAUGGGAUAAUGACGAAUAUAGGGAUGAUUGGGCAUGUUAUAAAGAUUCGCUAGAAGAUAGAAAAGCCAAUCGGAAAGUAAAAAAACGAAAACGUGAAGCCCAUAUUUCUUUUCAUGAGCAAUUAGACGACGGACUAGAUGGUAAAUCGAGACAGACCGGGAACACAACCAGCGACAAUGAUCGUGAACUCGUUAAUAAUGAUGAUACUUCUUUUGUGACUCAAACUGAAAGCACCUCUAAUGAUAACGAUCACGAUGAAUUUAGAUUAAAUGUCAUGAUCGGAUUCAAAGAGGCAGCCAAAAUGGCUCAGGAAGAAGCUGAGCUUUCUCCUGAUUUAUGA